AUGGUGGAUCCGUUCGACGCCAGCGCCGCUUUCGUCGCCGAGACGAUCGGCCUGCUGCGGGAGCACAAGCCCGGCCUCGCUAGCGCCGUGCGUAGCCUCUGCAGCGACAUCGAGAGCGGCUCGAGCAGGCCCGUGCUUGCGGCCUCCGUGGCGCAGGGCCUACACGCGGACCUGUCUGGGUGCCUCGACCGCCUGCGCCUGCUGCCUAGCGCCGCAGGCUCUGCUGACGAGCAGCAGCUCAGCGCCGCGCUCGCGGCCGUCGCGCUGCUCGGCGCCGCAGCCUUCUCCCGCGGCGGGAGGCUGGAGGACGGCUCGGCACUCCUCGACGCGGCGCUCCUCCGCUCGCGCGCAGCGGCGCACAGCGCGGCGCUGCAGCGCGUCCUCUCGCUGGUCAGCCUCACCCUGACGACAGGUCCACACCCUGGCACGAGCUCCCCGCCCGCGACGGAGCCUCCUCCGUCGACGCGUGGCUGGGGCGUGCCGCCCCCGCCGACUGGCGAGAUGAGCGGUGCGGACUUGCGUGCGUUUGUGUCUGCCGUUUGCGCGCUCUCUUGCCCGCGCCUUGCGCCCCGCCUCGCUGCUGCGUGGCCCGCUGUCCGGAGGUGGAGCGAGCCGAACUACCUCCGCGCCCGGUACGGCCACCGGCUCGUGCCCGUGGAGGUUGGGGCGGAGCACAUCGGGGAGAGGGCGCUGCACGGCGUGGGCGAGCAGCAGGUUGUGUGCACGCUCGAGGCCUUCAUCGACGACGUGAUCCUCGCCGGCCACGCCGCCACGCGCCGGGGCGGCCUGCCAACCGCGGUCUCGCCGACGGUGCCCGUCACGUCGAGCUGCACGCGGGGCUACCUGGCACAGCACACCCUCUUCGAGCAGAUCCCCUCCCUGCGCGACGACCUCGGGACGCCGCCCGCCGUCCCGCCCUCCGCCGACCUACGCGCCUGGUUCGGCCCCGCGGGCGUGGCGACGCCGGUGCACCACGACCUCCACCACGGCCUGCUCGUGCAGCUCGUCGGCCGCAAGCGAGAUCCCAGGGCAUCUGCUUCAGGCCUGCUGCGCGCGCCGCCGCUCGGCUCGCCGCUCGCCAACACCUCCCCCUUCGACCCGGGCUUGCUCGAGACACCGCCGGCCGAUGGGACGUGGACAACGGAGGAGGUGGAGCAGCUCCGGCAGGCGGCGUCCCUGCACACGCUCGAGCCGGGCGAUGCGCUGCUCAUCCCGCAGGGGUGGUGGCAUUCCGCGCAGGCCCUGACGUCAUAUGCCUACGGCGUCUGGGUGGGGGUGGCCGUCUCCAAGGACAGCUCCAAGGUCUUUGCCAUCGGCAACAUUGAGCAGGUGGCCGUCGCCGACGGCACAGUAGACGCGCGCCGCGCCACUGGCAGCUCCAGCGCAGAGUACCUGCGCCAGCUCUCCAUGAGUCAGCGCAGCAACGGGGUCUUCAUCAACGACCCCAAGGGCCUCUUUAUCCUCCGGUGGUACCGUGAGGUGAAGGGUGACGGGACCCCCCCAGACGGCCCGCGCUACCAGAACAGAGCGUGCAAGUACUACAAGCUGACGAGCGACAACGAUGGGGAGGCCUUCCGCUGGACCAGCAACUACCAGAUCAUCAGCAAGGUGUACCUGAAGAAGCACUCCACCCUGCCUCUCUGCUAUGCUCUCAGUGCGGCAGACAAGAAGAUGGUGACGUCCACCAUGAAAAAGAUGGUGGGACCGGAGGCAGAGUAG